CGGCGCGAUGCUUUUUCCCCAAUUAGUUAUAAUUAAUGGUGCGAAGAACGAAGUGGGGAACGCGAGCGUGACCGGCGCUUUGAAGGCUCUGGGGGAGAAGUAUCCGGGUCACCUGGGCAAUGUAUGGUCCGUACAGAUCAACGAGAGCGAUUCCAGCGAGAGUCUCGAGGCAAUAUGCAACGCCUGGAGUUUAGCUAUCAGCAAAGGCGGCGCGACCGUUCCGGAUCUGAUCCUGGACCUGACGAUGGCCAACCUGGGCGCCGAAGCCUCGAGUUCAUUCACCGCGGCCAUGGGAGUCCCGACUUUGUCCGCCCAAUUCGGUCAGGAGGGUGAUAUUCGCUACUGGAGAGAUCUGAAUCUUGAUCAAAAAAACUAUUUGAUCCAGAUAAUGCCACCGAGUGACCUCGUGCCCGAGGCGAUCCGUCAGUUGGCGAUUCUGAUGAACAUCACCAAUGCCGGGAUUCUAUAUGACAAAAACUUUGUCAUGAACCACAAGUAUAAAAGUCUGCUGCUGAACGUGCCGACCAGACAUGUCAUUAACGGUUUGCAAGACGCGAUCGAUAACGUAAAAGAUCAAUUGUCAAAGUUGCGGGAUUUGGACGUGGUAAAUUAUUUCCUCCUCGGCAAUGGGGAUUCCAUUAACAUGCUGUUGAACGUUGGGGAAUCGUUGAGCUUCACCGGACGGAAAUAUGGCUGGUUCGUUUUGACUCUCGACGAAGAAUUAUGGCCGGACUGCGCGUGCGAGAACAUCACCAUACUGUUUCUGAGACCGGAACCGCCGAGGAUGAUCGAUGAAAAUCAAGCGGAAUCUAUUGUAAGGGCGACACUCCCGAAACCGCUCAUCGUAUCCGCUUUUUAUUACGAUCUGACUCUGUUGGGUGUCAACGCGAUGAAGUCGGCUUUGGACAACGGCGACUGGCCUCUGGAACCCCAUCACAUCAACUGCAACAGCUACGAUGAGACGAACACGCCGACGAGAGGCCUGGAUUUCCUAGCUAAGCUGAUGGCGACCUCGAAGAACAUGACGUCGACGUACGCCGGCAUCAGCUGGGGCAAGAAAAACGGAGAACAUCACGCGGACUUUAAGAUGAUUGUAUAUAUGGUGAACAUCGAACGGGAAAAGAUUACGUCAAGAGAGGAGAGCGGAGAGUGGCAGGCGGGCAUUGAGGUGCCCUUGCGGGUCACCAACGAGAAGAUCAUGAAUAACACCGCAGUGACGAGCUACAGGGUGGUCGCCGUGCAACAUCCGCCCUUCAUGAUGUACAACAAUCAAACUGGUCGGUGGUACGGCUUCUGCAUCGAUCUGCUAGACGCGAUUCGCGAGACCGUGCCGUUCGAGUACGAGGUACGCGAGGUGGAGGAUCACGAGUACGGCUCGUUGAGCGACAACGGCAGCUGGAACGGAAUGAUGAGGGAGCUGAUAGACAAACGCGCCGACAUUGCCCUGAGCUCGCUCUGGGUUAUGGCCGAGCGGGAGAAGGUCGUGGACUUCACGGUACCCUAUUACGACCUUGUCGGUCUGACGAUCAUGAUGCAGAAAACGAAGACAUCGACGUCGCUCUUCAAGUUCCUCACGGUGCUCGAGAACGAGGUCUGGCUCUGCAUAUUGGCGGCGUAUUUUUUCACCAGCUUCCUCAUGUGGCUGUUCGACCGUUGGUCGCCAUACAGCUACCAGAAUAAUCGUGACAAGUAUAAGGACGACGAGGAGAAGAGAGAGUUCAAUCUCAGGGAGUGCUUUUGGUUCUGCAUGACCUCCUUAACGCCUCAGGGUGGUGGCGAGGCGCCGAAAAAUUUAUCGGGUAGAUUGGUGGCAGCUACAUGGUGGCUCUUCGGCUUCAUUAUCAUCGCGUCUUACACGGCUAACUUGGCGGCUUUCCUCACAGUGUCCAGGCUUGAGAUACCUAUCGAGACCUUGGAGGAUCUGAGCAAACAGUACAAAAUACAGUACGCGCCUAUCACAAACUCGCCGGCGUACACUUACUUCCACAGGAUGGCGGAAAUCGAGAAGCGCUUUUACGACAUUUGGAAAGAUAUGAGCCUGAACGAUAGCAUGUCAGACAUAGAAAGGGCGCAACUAGCCGUCUGGGAUUAUCCUGUUAGCGACAAAUAUACAAAAAUGUUUCAAGCCAUGAAAGAGGCUGGAUUUCCGGCUGAUAUCGACGAAGCACUAAGGCGAAUUCGACGGGAGGGUCCGUACGCGAAUAAUGAAUUCGCUUUCAUCGGAGACGCUUCGACCAUCAAGUAUCUCGUCAUGACGAACUGCGAUUUUACCCAAGUCGGAGAGGAAUUUUCAAGGAAACCGUAUGCUAUCGCCGUCCAACAAGGAUCACCGUUGAAGGAUCAAUUUAACAAUGCGAUUCUCAUACUAUUGAACAAGAGAAGAUUGGAGAAAUUGAAGGACAAAUGGUGGAAGCAUAAUUCCGUCAAAAAGAAUUGUGACCUAGAAAAUGAUCAGAGCGACGGUAUUAGUAUUCACAAUAUUGGCGGUGUGUUUCUCGUAAUUUUCGUGGGCAUCAUUUUCGCUUGCUUCACGUUAGCCUUUGAAUACUGGUAUUAUCGGCACCGUGCGAAAGUUAACGAAUUACAUCAAACUACGCCUCCAAAAGCGAAAAUAGCAAAGGCAAUUAAACCGAUUCGGUUUAAUUUGCAUCCUGCCCCUACACAUGGGUUUCAAACAAUCUCGCAACUUAGAUCGAGAUUUUAAGUUCAAACACUUUCAAGGGAACGUUUCCAAGUGUAAAUAUCAUAAUAAUGUCAAACUUAUACAGAUCUUAUUUGGAUAACCAGAAAGUAAAAACUCUGUCUUUGCAAUGCAAAGAGAAAUAUCAAAUAUAUCUGAAUUUUUACUGACUAUUGGCCAUGUUAUUUUGUCAAUUCUUACUUUUUAGCAAAACGCAGUUUUUCUGGUAUUGUAUUUUUUUUGUAUAAUACUUCAAAAUUUAAAACUCACACCGAUGAAAAUAAUGGAACCAAUAUAGCAGAUAUGCAUUUAAAGAUUGCGUUUUAAUAUGUACUGAAAAUAUAUAGUUUAUUAUAUCACAUAUAUACCUAUUAUAGAUUUUCCAAAUGAUAGGGUAUAUUGAAAUAUAAUAAAAAUCUCUGAUAAAAUACUUAUAAUAAAUUAAAUAAGAAAAAUUAUAAAAAAUAAAAAAUUAAAAUGCAAGUAUUUAACAAAAUCUAAUCUACAAUAACAUAGCAAAUAAUGGGAAAAAAGUAUUUAAUAAAAUCUAAUUUAACAUAGCAAAUGGAGAAACAGAAAAAAAUUUUUUUUAUUAUCUAAAGUUUUUAAUGCUUUUGUGAAUUUUUAUACAUUUUAAUAUCUUCGUUAUCGUGAAUUUAGCGUUAGCCAUUUUAUAUCACAUGAAGUAUCAUUAUUGUUGUAGGACUUACCCACAUAUUUAGUGGGUGUCUCCAUUUCACCAGUUUCAUCAGUUAAGUUACAAAUUUCGAAGUAUUAAUACAACAAAAAAUUUUUGCUAAAAAACAAGAAUGCACAAAACAUGACUAAUAAUCUGUAAAAAUUCAGAUAUAUUUGAUAUUUCUUUUUGCUUAUAUCGCAAAGGACUUACAAAUAAUAAAUUUUAUUCUCUUGUUAUUCAAAUAAUAUAUGUAUAUGUAGAUUUGGCAUUAUUACGAGAUUUACGUUUGAAAACAUUUUCUUGUCAGGGAGAAUGUAUUUAUGGAAUAUAGAGAAUAAGUAUAAAGCUGUCGCACAAAAGGAUUAAAGUGUUUUUAGAGGACCGUGUCAAUUUUGUAUAUUAACGAGAUAUUAGACAAAAUUCAUGAAGAUAUUCAUGAAUUUUCAUAUCGGCGUGACGCACAGUGAAACGGUCAUAAAAUACAGUAACAUUUUCAUAGGACCCAUUUGCAUGUUUUUAGCAUACAUAUAUACUCUGCGAUAAAUGUGUGUGGUUCUAGAUUAACUUAAAGGAAAGUGUAAUUGCGGAAUUCUUGGAUAGAGAGAGAUAAAUAAAUGCGCGAAAUGGAAAAUUUAAAAUUUAUGUACUAUUUUCGUGUUUGCAAUGCCUUUAUUUACCCUUUCCGUACAUUAUUUCGCGGAAAGACGACGAGCGCCCUUUUCUUAUCUUUUUUUUUCUUUUUACAU